CGCUGUUACAUCAAUUAUCAUCAGUAUUGGCAUUAUGUGCUGGAUAAUAACAAUUGCACAAUUUCGACUUAAAUCAGGUGCUAUAAAAUAUGAUCCCGUUCCAACUACAUUAGAUCAAUGUGAAGCUAAAAACUUAAAUUUUAUUCUUAACUCAAUAGCUAAAAAUGGCAAUAACACCAAACAAAUUGAAGAUUUCGAAGUAACCCCAAAUCCAUUAGUAACAACUGCCUUCACAAGUAACAGAGAUUUUUCCAUAUUUGAAAUAUCUUUCUUUUGGUAUAAAGUUCUAGGUGGUUUAAUUGUUUGGGUUGUGGCAAUUCCUUUAAGCUACUUUUGGAAGAGAGAUAAAUAUGAAAAAAUUAAUCCUAAACUGUUUACACCAAUUGUACGUAAAUUCAUUAAAUUCGACACUAUAGAAAUGGAAGAAAUGCCUUUAAAAUCUCCGAUUCUAAAUGGCGAAAAUAAUGCAACAAUAAUUAUGAGCAACGCUAAAAAUGGAGGCAUCGAUAAAACGCAGCAUCAAAAACAAAAUGGCGCCAAUGGAGAUGUCUAAAGCCGGCAUCUACCUUCAUCUCUUAAUAAAUCAUACAUCAUAAAGUGAUAGACGUCGUCACAAUAUCAUGCCAUAAAUUUUGAUUAAUUUAAAUAUAGUUAAAUUUAUUAAUAUAAUAUAAGAUUCUAGUGACAAUAAAUUUAA